AUGGUAGAACUGCUAUGCAAGAAGCAGGGACACAAACUACACUAUGCUAACAGGAUAACAUUUUAUCAUGAUAGAGAGGCCCUUGUGCUGAGUAUUGGCAGUGGACAGCAGGAAGAGUCUGAAGGAGAUCUGGUGACUAAUCUCCUAGUGAGACUUAGACUGACACCUCAGUGGAAGACGUUUCGUGUCAGAGCUUAUCGCUUUUUACGUGUUAUCCUUUUUGCUACUGAAGAAAUAAACAAGAAUUCCAAACUACUCCCUAAUAUUACCCUAGGAUUUAAAAUUUAUGAUGGUUGUGCUUCAACAAAGAGAGCAAUGGGAAGCAGUCUGCAGCUGUUAACAGGAAAACAACGACCAGUCCCUAACUACAAGUGUCAGUCACAUCCUGCCAUACCCGCUAUCAUCGGGGAUGAAGUAACCGCAUCCGUCGAACCCAUGGCUCUCCUGUUAGGAAUCUAUAAGUUUCCUCAGAUCAGCUAUGCUGUGACAUAUAACCUUCUAAGUGACAAACAGCAGUUUCCCUCAUUUCUGCGGACAGCCCCUAAGGAGGAAUUCCAAGCAUUGGCUAUGUCAAGGUUGCUAAUGCACUUUGGUUGGCAGUGGGUAGUAAUAGUUGGAUCAGAUAAUAUUUACUUUCAACAGCCAAAUGAGUGGUUAAAGUAUGAGAUUUUCAAGACUGGUGGUUGUUUAAACAUGUUUGAACUUAUUCCAGGAAAUGGCUAUGAUGAAAGAAUCAAACAGAUUUCUGAGAUGAUUAAGCAUUCAUCAGCAAAGGUGAUUGUGAUUUAUACAAGAUUAGUUCAUGCAGUGGCUUUAAUGAAUGCAGUAACUGUGCAGAACAUAACUGACAAGGUCUGGAUAGGUGGCACAAGUUGGUUUAUGUCACCAGAGUUACCAAAAGGCAUCAAAGAAACUCUAAAUGGUAGUUUAGGCUUCAUGCUUCAGAAUGGUAAAAUCCACAGUUUCAAAGAGUUUCUUCAGAGUUUUCACCCUUCUACAUCUGAUGAUGAUAUUUAUAUAAAAACAUUCUGGGAAACAGUAUUUAACUGCAAAUGGACCACUACAGAUAACUCAACAUUAGUAAAUCAGCCAACACUGCAAUCACUAACACCAUGUUCUGGCAAUGAGAAACUGCAGGCUAUUGAUCCUACUUUAUACGAUGUGAACAAUUUCAGAUUCACGUACUGUGUAUAUAAUGCCGUUUAUGCUGUGGUAAAUGCAUUGCAUAAUAUGUUGAUAUGCAAAAUCAGAGAAGGCCCCUUUCCAAAUGGAAGCUGUGCUGAAAAGUAUGACAUUAAGCCCUGGCAGCUCCUCCAUUAUCUGAAAACUGUACGCUUUAGAAAUACAGCUGAUGAGGAUAUUUACUUUGACCAGAAUGGAGAUCCCCCAGCAAGGUAUGAUAUCGUCAACUGGCAGGUUACCCCAGAUGGUGACAAUCAAUACAGUAAGGUGGGAAGCUUUGACAACACUGGACUUGAAGGUUGGAAAAUAGUCAUCAAUGAAAGCGCCAUCAAAUGGAGCCCAUCAUUCAAUCAGGUCCCUACAUCUGUGUGUAGUGAAAGUUGUCCUCCAGGGUUUUGGAAAGCAGUUCGGCGAGGGGAGCCCAUCUGUUGCAUUGACUGCUUACCGUGUUCUAAAGGCGAGAUUAGUAACCACACUGAUGCUACAGAAUGCAUAAGCUGUCCUGAAGAUGACUGGCCUGACUAUAGAAGAGAACACUGCAUUCCAAAAGUGACAGAGUUUUUGUCUUUUGAGGAGCCUCUUGGGACUGCAUUAGCAGCAGUUCCCAUUUUUUUCUCACUAACAACUCUGGUUGUACUAUGUAUCUUUGUUAAGAACCGAGACACCCCGAUAGUGAAAGCUAACAAUCGGGAACUGAGUUACUUUCUCUUGGUUGCACUCGCAUUGUGCUUUCUUUGCUCACUAAUAUUCAUUGGACAUCCUAUGAAAUUCACCUGUAUGUUACGACAGCCGGCAUUUGGGAUAAUAUUUUCCAUCUGCAUUUCUUCCAUACUUGCAAAAACUAUCACAGUGAUAAUUGUCUUUAGUGUGACAAAUCCCAAAAGCAAAUUAAGAAAAUGGGUUGGACCUAAGAUUCCACUGUUUAUUGCCUUUGUAUGUUCGCUGUUUCAGGUUCUGUUGUGCUUCUGCUGGAUUGUUGUUUCUCCCUCUUUCCCACAAACCAACAUGCAUUCUCAAGAAGGGAAGCUGAUAAUUGAAUGUAAUGAAGGCACAGUAAUAUUUUACUGCAUGUUGGCUUACUUGGGGUCUCUUGCAUGUGUAAGUUUCACUGUAGCUUUCCUUGCAAGAAAGCUACCAAACAGUUUUAAUGAAGCCAGACAUAUUACAUUCAGUAUGCUGGUUUUUGUCACUGUUUGGUUAUCUUUCAUACCAGCCUAUCUAAGUACUCGGGGGAAGUAUACAGUUGCUGUGGAGAUAUUUGCCAUUUUGACUUCCAGCGCUGGAUUGCUUGGUUGCAUAUUUCUCCCUAGGUGUUAUAUUAUUAUAUUUAGGCCUGAUCAAAAUACUAAGGAUCACAUAACAGGAAAAGCAUCAGUCAGAUAUUAG